AUGGGUCGCUUCGCCGUGGUCGCCGCGAUCGUCGCCCUCCUGGCCGUCACCGCCGCCGCACAGGGCCCCAUGCCGGCGCCCAGGGUGGCCCCGCUCCCCGCGCCCCCGGCGAAGUCCCCGGCCACCGCCCCUGCACCGGUCGCCACUCCGCCAACCGCCGCGUCGCCCUCGCCGAUGGCCUCUCCCCCGGCCCCGCCAAUGGAGACCCCGACCGAAGCUCCCUCCGCGGCGACCCCCUCCGCAAUGACGCCCUCCGCUGUCUCUGCCACACCGGCCGGCGCCCCAGCCGACGCCCCCGCCAGCUCCGCCGUCUACACGUCGACCGUCAGCUUCGUCGCCGUCGCCGCCGCGGUCGCCACCGCCAUCGUGUUCUAGAUGGAGC